AUGGAGAAACUUGUUUCGAGCUGGUCUAGUAACCAACAUUUACCAGAAGAUUAUGUCUUCCCAGUGGAGCAAAGACCUGGCGAGGAGACCACUAUUCCUGUAUGCAAAGCAAUCCCCAUUAUUGAUCUUGAAAAGGCAAGCCAUGGCCGAAAAGAUAUUAUUCAACAAAUCAUCGAUGCCAGCCAAAAGUUUGGAUUUUUCCAGGUGAUCAACCAUGGAGUUUCUGGUGUAUUAGUCCAUGAAACUAUGAGCGUAGUCAAGGAGUUCUUCACAAUGGAUGAUGCAGAGAAAGCAAGUGUUUAUUCGGAUGAUCAUACUAAGAGCUGCAGACUCCAUACUAGUAGCCCAAACUAUGACACCGAGAAAUCUCACUUUUGGAGAGACUACUUGAGACACCCUUGUCAUCCUGUGGAAGAUUUUAUACAUUUGUGGCCUGAAAAACCAGCUACAUAUCGAGAUAUUGUUGGGAGAUAUUCGGUUGAAGUGAGGAACCUGUCACUGAGAAUUCUGGACCUGAUUUCUGAAGGAUUAGGACUCGAGCCUGGUUUUUUCCAAGGCGAACUUAGUAAUGACCUACUGAUGUCAACCAAUUACUACCCUCCUUGCCCUGAUCCAAGUUUAUCACUGGGAUUGCCAAAACACAGUGAUCCAAAUCUCAUUACCUUGCUUCUGCAAGAGGAGAUUUAUGGCCUACAAGUAUAUUUAGAUGGUCAGUGGCUCGGGGUCGAACCACUUUCAAAUGCAUUUGUUGUCAACAUUGGCCACCAACUGCAGAUUGUUAGUAAUGAGAAGUUCAGAAGCGUUGAGCAUCGAGCAAUCACAAACUCGAGAGAGGCUCGGACAACCAUUGCCUCAUUCAUCUCACCCUGUAACAGCUGCAUUGUGGAGCCUGCUAAAGCACUCGUUAAUGAAGCAAAUCCUCCACUCUAUAGAGCUUUUGAAUACCAAGAGUUCCUUAAAUCUUAUGUAGCAAAGGCUGGUAAAAAGGAAACUGCAUUGCAGGCCUACAAGAUUGAAGUAAAACAUCACUGAAUGGAAGUGGUCUAAUGAUAGUGCUGAGCAUGAUUUUCUAAAAUUGUGUAUUUUAACUUUCCCAAUUGUGGAUCAUUUAACAUGGUCAAAAACAACAAAUGGCAAGUAUUCAAUAAGGCGUGAUAUCAAUUGUGGCA